AUGUAUACAAUUGGAGGUGUUUCAAAAACUGAAACCCAAAAUCAACAAAUUCAUUCAAUUCCAUGUAAAAUAGGAUAUACGGGACCAGCAACUGUUGAAUCGUAAGUUGAUAUUUCACUUUAAUACUCUGAUAAAUUCUCGAUUUUUCAGGAAUUUCAUUCGAUCGAAAGUUGAAGGAGAAACAACUGAAAGAGGAAUGUUUCGUGGAAGAGGAUUAGAAGGAGCAGAUUGGAAACCACCAAAUAAUUAUCAAAUUGUUGUUGUCAAAGAGAGAAAAGGUUCGAGUUUUGAAGAUAUUUUCAAAUUAAAACUGGCAUGCUGAUUUUAAACACACGGUUAAAAUCUACAACGUUGAAAUUAUGUUAAAUUAUAUUCCUGACAAAAUUAUUUUCAGGUCCAAAAGGAACAAUGCUUGACAUCGAAGCAAAAGCAGAUUCAAUCAAAGUAUGGGAAUGGGAUAAAUCAUGCGGUGAAAAUGCGAAUAGAACUACAAUUGGACGCGCAUCGACAUAUUUGAAAAUUGCAAAUGCAUUGGCUAAUUGA